CAGAAAGCUUGUUUGGUUGUUUCUUGACUCACUGUUUUAACUCAGUGGGGUGUUUUUAAAUGCUUUUCUUAUUUUUAAACCCUAUUCAGGCUGUUCUCUGUAGUUAAUUUCUAUGUCAGUUUGUAGAUGUGAAACUGAUUUGAAUAUGGGCUACUUUCUGCAAUAUGUAAGCAUAGAUUCUCAGAUUUGGUAUGUCUUCUAGUCCAGCUCUUCCACUGAAUCUUUGAAUGCCCUUUACCAAAUCCUAAAUAUGUAGAUCCAAACUAGUGGUCCAGCUUCUAUAACAAUACCGCCCAAAGAUGUGGGCUUCACUACCUCCUUAAAACUUUUUUUUCUUUUUUCAGAAUGCUCUAAUAGGCAGUUCUUCAUGUUGAUCUGAAAUCUACCUUCCAAUAAUUUAUAUCUAUUUUUGUUACUCUCAUCCAAAGAAAGAAAAACUUUAAUCCCUUUUCCACAUGAUAGUUCUUCCCAUGUUUAGGCAUUUAUCAUAUCAACCCCUCUCCUCUCCAAAAGGACUUUUGCUCCCCAAUCCAAAUGUUUGAGUCUCCUUUUAUCUAGAUUGUUUUUACAUUUCGAUGCUCAGAACUGAACAUAUCAUACUGAAUAAAACAUUCAUUGCCAAUAGAAGAAUUGCAUCAAGAUCAAGUAUUACAGCAAAAAAUAAUGAUCAUAUUUUUGUGAUUGUUAACAAGUAUCUCUUUACCUUUUCUUAACUAUUGAAUUAAAUAUUUUGAACUACUUUUAUAACGUUGAACUAUCUUGGUAUUUUAAGAUAUAUUAUUUUGUAUUUCAUUAAUGGUGGACACUUCUAAAUUCUCUUUUUAAUUACUAUAGGUAUCUUGCUAUUAUAUUUCAUCUUAAUGUAAAAAUGUAUAAUAUUAGAGUCAACAAAAAUUUGUCAGGAGUUAACAUUGUUGAUUGUGGUAAUAUUUCAUUUAAUGAUUUUAUUUUAAAGCUGAGCAUUUAGUUAACAUUCUUGUUUAUGGUUGGUUUGUUAAUCUUUUUCUUUAUCUUCCUCUUUCUUCUCCUUCUCUUUCUGUCUCCUCCCCUUUUUCUACCCUUUCUUUUUUUUUCUUUGUUAGUUUUGUGUGGGCUGAUACAGAGAACCGUUACAAUCGUGCCUGGUAUGGACUUGUUGUCCGGGACGUAUAUAUUUGCGGUCCUGUUAGCAUGCGUCGUGUUUCAGUCUGGCGCCCAGGAGAAAAACUAUACAGUAAGAGAAGAAAUGCCAGAAAACGUCCUGAUAGGGGACUUGCUGAAAGACCUGAACUUAUCACUGAUCCCGCACAAGUCCUUGACAUCUCCUAUGCAGUUCAAGCUAGUGUACAAGACUGGGGAUGUGCCACUGAUUCGAAUUGAAGAGGGUAGCGGUGAAAUCUUCACUACUGGUGUUCGCAUUGAUCGUGAGAAGUUAUGUGCUGGUAUCUUGGUGGAUGCCCAUUGCUUUUACGAAGUGGAGGUUGCCGUUUUACCGGAUGAAAUAUUUAGACUGAUUAAGAUACGUUUUCUGAUAGAAGACAUAAAUGAUAAUGCACCAUUAUUCCCAACAACGGUUAUCAACAUAUCAAUUCCGGAGAAUUCAGCUAUAAAUUCCCGAUAUGCUCUUCCAGCGGCCAUUGAUCCUGACGUAGGAAUAAAUGGAGUUCAAAACUACCAACUAAUUAAGGGUCAAGGUGUAUUUGGGCUUGAUGUCAUUGAAACACCAGAAGGACAGAAGAUGCCACAACUAAUCGUUCAAAAGGAGUUAGAUAGGGAAGAGAAGGAUACAUAUGUAAUGAAAGUAAAGGUUGAAGAUGGCGGCUUUCCUCGAAGAUCCAGUACUGCUAUUUUGCAAGUAAGUGUAGCUGAUACAAACGACAACCACCCAGUCUUCAAGGAGAAUGAGAUUGAAGUCAGUAUACCAGAAAAUGCUCCUGUAGGUACUUCAGUGACACAGCUCCAUGCCACAGAUGCCGACAUAGGUGAAAAUGCCAGGAUUCACUUCUUUUUCAGCAAUCUAGUCUCUAACAUGGCCAAGAGACUGUUUCACCUCAACGACACUACUGGACUUAUCACAAUCAAAGAACCACUGGAUAGGGAAGAAUCACCGAACCACAAAUUACUUGUUUUGGCAAGUGAUGGUGGAUCGAUGCCAGCAAGAGCAAUGGUGCUGGUAAAUGUUACAGAUGUCAAUGACAAUGUACCAUCAAUUGAUAUAAGAUACAUCAUCAAUCCAAUCAAUGGCACUGUGGUUCUUUCAGAAAAUGCUCCAUUCAACACCAAAAUUGCUCUUAUAACUGUAACAGAUAAGGAUGCUGACCAUAAUGGAAGGGUGACAUGCUUCACAGAUCAUGAAGUCCCUUUCAGAUUAAGGCCAGUGUUCAGUAAUCAGUUCCUCCUGGAGACGGCUUCACAUCUCGACUAUGAGUCCACAAGAGAAUACGCCAUUAAAUUACUGGCCGCAGAUGCUGGCAAACCUCCUUUGAAUCAAUCAUCCAUGCUCCUCGUCAAAGUGAAAGAUGAAAACGACAAUGCUCCGGUUUUCACCCAGCCUUUCAUAAGUCUUUCUGUUCCUGAGAAUAAUUCUCCUGGCACCCAGCUAACAAAAAUAAGUGCAACAGAUGCAGACAGUGGGCGUAAUGCUGAGAUCAGUUACCUGCUAGGUGUUGAUGCUCCGUCUGAAUUCGACCUAGAUCAUCGUACAGGCAUCCUGACUGCAGUGAAGAAACUGGAUAGGGAAAAGCAGGAAAAAUAUUCUUUCACAGUUCUGGCAAAAGAUAAUGGGAUACCACCCUUGAUGACCAAUGCCACAGUCUUAGUGACCGUUCUUGAUCAGAAUGACAACAGCCCAGUUUUCACUCACAACGAGUAUAACUUCUAUGUCCCUGAAAGCCUUCCAAGACAUGGCACAGUAGGACUAAUCACUGUAACUGAUCUUGAUUAUGGAGAAAAUUCUGCAGUCACUCUCUCGAUUUUAGAUGUGAAUGAUGAUUUCUCUAUUGAUCCACAAACUGGUGUCAUCCGACCAAAUAUUUCGUUUGAUAGAGAAAAACAAGAAUCUUACACUUUCCAUGUAAAGGCUGAGGAUGCUGGUAGGGUAUCACGUUCUUCGACAGCCAAAGUGACGAUAAAUGUGGUCGACGUUAAUGAUAACAAACCAGUUUUUGUUGUCCCUCCUACCAACUACACUUAUGAAUUGGUUCUACCAUCCACUAAUCCAGAAACAGUGGUCUUCAAGGUAGUUGCUGUUGACAAUGAUACUGGUACGAAUGCAGAGCUUCGUUACAGCAUUGUGGGAGGAAAUACAAAAGGUCUGUUUAUAAUUGAUGAAACAACAGGCAACAUUACACUGAAGGAGAAAUGUGUUGCUGCAGAUCUUGGUUUACACAGACUGGUAGUCAAAGCUAAUGACUUAGGACAACCUGAUUCUCUCUUCAAUAUUAUAAUUGUUAAUCUAUUCGUGAAUGAGUCAGUGACCAAUGCUACACUGAUUUAUGAACUGGUGCGCAAGAGCAUUGAAAAUCCUGAGACCGAAAAUAUUGAGACAACUCAGGCACCCUCACCAAGCACUGACUAUGUCAAGAUCAUGGUUGCUAUCGUUGCUGGCACCAUAACUGUGGUUCUAGUACUUCUCAUCGCUGCUGUGGUGAGAUGUCGCCAGUCCCCACACCUUAAGGCUGCCCAGAAAAACAAGCAGAAUUCAGAAUGGGUUACUCCAAACCCAGAAAAUAGGCAGAUGAUAAUGAUGAAGAAGAAGAAGAAGAAGAAGAAGCAUGCCCCUAAGAACCUGCUGCUUAACUUUGUCACUAUUGAAGAAGCUAAGACAGAUGAUGCUGACACUGAUGGAAACAGCAUCACACUAGACCUUCCCAUUGAGCUAGAAGACCAAGCCAUGGGCACCUACAGCUGGGGCACAACACCUACUACUUUUAAGCCUGAUAGCCCUGAUUUGGCCCAGCACUACAAAUCUGCCUCUCCACAGCCUGCCUUCCAGAUCCAGCCUGAAACUCCCCUGAAUUCGAAGCACCACAUCAUCCAGGAACUGCCUCUUGAUAACACCUUUGUGGCCUGUGAUUCCAUUUCCAAGUGUUCCUCCAGCAGUUCUGAUCCCUACAGCGUUUCUGAGUGCAGCUAUUCAGUGACAACCUUUAAGGCCCCUGUGUCUGUUCACGUCAGACCGACAAUGAAGGAGGUUGUGCGAUCUCACACCCCCAUGAAAGAAUCCACCACUGUGGAGAUCUGGACUCAUCCUCAGCCACAGCGGAAAUCUGAGGGGAAAAAGCCAGGAAAGCCCCAGCGCCAUGUCACAUUUCAUCUACCAGAAGGCUCUCAGGAAAGCAGCAGUGAUGGUGGGCUGGGAGACCAUGAUGCAGGCAGCCUUCCCAGCACAUCACAUGCCCUGCCCCUUGGAUAUCCUCAGGAGGAGUACUUUGAUCAUGCUGCACCCUAUAACCGUACUGAAGGGGAUGGCAACUCUGAUCCUGAAACUACUUUCAUUCCUGGACUAAAGAAAGCUGCAGAAGUGACUGUUGAACCAACUGUGGAAGAGGCCUCUGACAACUGCACUCAAGAAUGUCUCAUCUUGGGUCAUUCGGAUGCCUGCUGGAUGCCAGCUUCUUUGACCCAUUCCAGCCCUUCGCAAGCACAGGCCUCUGCUCACCGCAGCAGCCCUCCAGUGACACAGACGAUUGCUCUCUGCCACAGCCCUCCAGUGACCCAGGUUAUCGCACUGUGCCACAGCCCUCCACCAGCACAGGCCUCUGCUCUCCACCACAGUCCUCCUCUAGCACAGGCUACUGUGCUUCGUCAUAGCCCACCACCAGCACAGGCCUCAGCCCUCUGCUACAGCCCCCCCUUGGCACAGGCUGCUGCAAUCCACCGCAGCCCUCCUCUGCCACAAGUUGCUGCCCUCCGUCACAGCCCUGCACAGCCACCAAUGGGUUUGCAGCAAGGUUGGGUGCAAGGUGCUGGAUCUGAUGUACAGCAGUCUUUUGAUCAGGGAGGACAAGGUAGUCCAAGGUCUCAGUUUUACACCAUGUCUGAAAGACUUCAUCCCAGUGAUGAUUCAAUUAAAGUCAUUCCUCUGACUACCUUCACUCCAGGUCAACAGGCCAGACCCCCUAGGGGUGAUUCCCCCAUAAUGGAAGAACAUCCCUUAUAAAUCUACAGCACCUAUUUCACAUUUUCAGACUGUAUGUAUAUAGUAAAACUUAAAAGCCAAUUUCAAUGACUAUUCUAAAUUUAUGGUUUGU